UGCCUGACGUCAUCUGCCGGCGCCGGAAGCGGAAGAGCGGUGUGUUCCACGCGCUUUUGGGCAUCCCUACAGUCUUGUCUCCGAGCAACCGGGAACCUUGACGGGGCGGCGCGGCUUUCCCGCUGCUUUCCCUCCUCCUCUUCCUCCGGCGCUUGGCUCUCCGGGUCCCGCGACGGGCCCCCCCAUUGCCUCUCACUCCGCGCUGCUGUCUCCCUCUCUCUUGCCAUGGCCGGCAUUCUCUUCGAGGAUAUCUUCGACGUGAAAGACAUCGACCCGGAGGGCAAGAAGUUCGACCGGGUUUCCCGUCUUCAUUGUGAGAGUGAGUCCUUCAAGAUGGAUUUGAUUCUGGAUGUGAAUAUACAGAUCUACCCUGUUGAUCUUGGCGAUAAAUUCCGCUUGGUGAUUGCCAGCACCUUGUAUGAGGAUGGGACCUUGGACGACGGGGAAUAUAACCCUACUGAUGAUAGACCUUCCAGGGCUGACCAGUUUGAGUAUGUGAUGUAUGGAAAGGUGUACAGGAUCGAGGGCGAUGAGACUUCCACAGAGGCAGCCACACGUCUCUCAGCCUAUGUUUCCUACGGUGGACUGCUCAUGAGGCUUCAGGGAGACGCCAACAACCUACAUGGCUUUGAAGUGGAUUCCAGAGUGUAUCUCCUGAUGAAGAAACUGGCCUUCUGAUCCAGCCACAGGAGCAGGAUGAUGAGGGCCACAGGGAGACUACAAGGGGGUAUCACGGAGUGAAUAUAUGAAGGUGAACUGUGGGUUGCACCUCUUGUUCUUCACACCUUUGCCUUAUUUGCCACUUGUCCCCCUUCCCAAGAUCAUCCUCCAGGGACAUCGGUUUCUUCAGAUUCACUCAGGACUUCACUGCAAAGACUCGUCCAGAAUGUCCAUGAAACGGAGCCAGCAAAGUCUCAGUCGGAAAGAGAGCAGCCCUCACCAAAUCUUGAAGGGACUGUGUCUUGUCUGUGUCAUUGUGACAGACUUAACUCUUUUUUUAUGGUGCAGGCAGCUCUGUGUCCUGAGGACCAGGAGGGUUGUUGCAGGCAGCUGUGGACAUUAUUUCUUUGCUCUUCAAGCCAACCGCUGGAGUAAAGGAGGCAUAUCCCCUGAAGAACAUUGUCUUAGCUUAUUAUUUUAAUUAAAAGGUAGCUUUUUUAAAUAUUUGGCUGCACUUCUU